UCGAACGGCGCACAUCGUGCGCUCUCGUUUGCUCUCACGUGUUCCCAUUUGGGUGAAAAAGGAUUUGCAGUUUUGCCCUUCUUGCCUUCCCUUUGGAUAACGACGACUGACCGAGAUUUGCUUCUGGAGUACUAUCAGCGGAAUUGUUGUUUGCUCAGACCAGUUUCAGCUGUCGAACCGGUUGCAUUCCCGAGUAGCCAUUUGUCCGCGCUACGGAAACGGAACAGUGAACUUGUGCUUGAACGAUGAAAAUAGCAGCAGCAGCGUGUUGUAGUUGAGUGCUUAUCACUUGUGUGUGGAUUCGGCUGCAAAGGCUCUGAAGUGCUCUGACAAACAUAUCUCUACGAAGCAUACGCAUACUGGAUAACUCGUAGGGAGUCUACAGAUCAGUGGAUAGAGAAGCAACACCGGCUUCGAAGUGUGAAAACCCGACCAGAGGCUCUUGAAGUCUUGUAAUCAAUUGAAUUAAUUUCCCCAAACCGCCCGCAUUUGGCACCUUCCCGAAGAACUGAUCUUGAAACGUAGACAAGUGGCGGUACUGUUGAGUGUGCACUUCUUCCCCGUACAUGCGGCAUAUAUGAAUUAACUGCUGUGAGUGUGUGAACUAAAUAUCUACUAGAGCGGAUGACUCCACCAGAAGAAGAAGGAAACUUUUAAUUUAAGUGCUAUUUUGUGCCGGGAGUUUCAAUUAGUACCAACGGAGGAAGCUGGAGGUGGUCCUAUCUUCGGGCGUCCGGGAAGGAUUACUUCCAAAGUUGCUCGAGAGGCACUUGAUCAACGCCAACGGCAGCGGGCCACCGGCAGUGCAACAUGGUUUAUUUCAGUCCACGUGGUAUACAGCCGCCGUGUAGCCCACCAGGAUUGCCGAUCACAUCAAAAAGCCCAACGAUGGAGUCAGCGAACAGUAAUACCAGCAUCGAUACGGUCGAGCCUGUCGACCAGAAACCUAUCAAGAUCCAGCGGACCAGUGGUGGAACGUUGAAGUUCUCCAUAGCCAAUAUUAUGGGACGGGAUGAGGAAGACAAGGAGGAGGAACCGGAAGUUCGACGAAAGGAGAGACCAGCUCCACCGGAAAGUCCUCCGUCGGCAGGAUCCAGUCCCAGUUAUGAGCAGAUGAGCGUGAAUGAGUCGGCGUUCAAAAAAUACGUACCUAGUUCCAUGCAUCAAUUCGUGGUCAACCGCCAUCAAGAUUUACUAAGUCAAUAUCCUUUGCUUUACUAUCCGGGUCAAUUAAUGUGUGCCGCCGCCGCUGCACAAUACGCAGCACUAACUCAGCAUCCGGUGGCAUUAUUAAAUGGCUCUUCAUUAUCAGGAGCAGCAGGUGCUAGCACUGGAAGUGGACCGUCAGCACUGCAUUCCUAUGCUCCGACGGCAAAUGCUUUGAGGAGUUUAGAAGCUACUUCAAUGUCUCCACCACAGCACACCCUGAGCCAUCACAAGAAAGUCAAUCUAAACUCAUCAACGUCUUCGUCGGCAUCGUCCAGUGAUUUGAACAGUUCAACCAAUUCUACGAACUCGACCAAUGCUUCAGCAGCAGCUCUGGCGAAACAGAAGACCUUCGCAUGUCCUGAGUGUGGCAAAGUGUUCAAUGCCCAUUACAAUCUCACCCGCCAUAUGCCAGUCCACACCGGUGCUCGUCCUUUUAUCUGUAAAAUAUGCGGCAAAGGCUUCCGUCAAGCAUCCACUCUAUGUCGGCACAAGAUCAUCCACACGGCGGAGAAACCACAUAAAUGUCAAACCUGCGGCAAGGCGUUCAACCGCUCUUCGACCUUAAACACCCAUACUCGCAUUCACGCCGGUUACAAACCUUACGUUUGCGAGUACUGUGGAAAGGGCUUCCAUCAGAAGGGAAACUACAAAAACCACAAGCUGACGCACAGCGGAGAUAAGGCCUACAAAUGCACCAUCUGCAACAAAGCAUUUCAUCAGAUUUACAAUCUUACCUUUCACAUGCACACCCACAACGAUAAGAAGCCCUUCACGUGCAAAAUCUGCGCCAAAGGAUUCUGCCGUAACUUCGACCUUAAGAAGCACAUGCGAAAGCUGCAUGACGUCAGUGUCAGUGCCAGCCUCAAACGGCAGCAUCACCAUCACCUCAACCACCAUCAUCACCAACAGCAGCAGCAACAACAGCAACAAUCUGCACAGCAAUUAUCAAACCACUCCCCGCACAAUUCGUCAGCUGCCUGGCCAGGAGGACCUUCGUCUGCAGCGACCGCCUCUCUGGCAGCCCUAUCUGGGUCACCCCUCUCUACGCUUUCCAACCUGCACCACUCGACUGUAGCUGCGGCAGCUUUGCGCUCCGGAGACUACAGCAGCCCAUUUCUUAUGCCAACGGCACGCGGAACCCGGCUGGAUGCACCGUUCAUCGGAAAGGUUUUCUGACAGAAGUACUACCAGCAUAACUUCGGAGGCAGCCAGCUUCACCCGCCGCCUUCCGGGUUGAUUGGACAGUCUUCGCCGCCGCUGCAGUCGACGCAACAAUCGCACCAAUUGACCGCCAGUUUGACCAAAAGCAUUCUGAUCAACUAAUCGGGGACCAUCCUUGUGUUUUCUCUCGGUUUUCCUUCACCGGAAAAUAUCCCAGUUCGAAGAGAUUCACCAUUUGGAAAGAAAAACCAGUGCAAUAUGUGUAGUUAUGAGAAUAUAAGAGGCUAUGAGAGGCUAAAAGAUAAAGUGCUGAGAAGAAACAAAAUACAAUUUUCAGAAGUUGAGCCAGUGAUUUGAGAGAGUGAUCAACGUUAAUGUAAGAAAAAUAAAAACCUAAGAUUGUAAAUAUUCCAGACAAACUUGCGGACAGUGAUCGUUUUAAAAACUAGUUCCAUCUUCUAGAUGUGUAUUUUAUUAGGGUAAUCGAUCGGAAAAAAGGAGUAAAACAAUGUGAGCGCACUCAUUUACACUUUACGCAGCAAACAAAUCAAUUGUAUCCCAGAUAUAGGACGCGCUAACUUGGCUAGGUUUAAGGCUAGAGGAAAUCGAUGAAAAACGAAUUUAUUUGUACAAUUUAAAGCGGAAUCUAGAGAUAUGUGUAGUAGAAUGUUUCCAUCCUUAUAAGAAAUACAUUACAAUCGAAAUUAAAA